CCACCGAGGGAGGUGUGGGCCCCGUCGCGUAGUGUUGUGGUGCUGCUCGUCCGUGGUCCUUCUCUGCUGAAGCCGAACGUCUUCCUAGUCCUAGUCAGAGAUUUGCCUUUUCUUGGAAACUGUUAAACGAAGUGACUUUUUGCCCAGUUAAAGAGAGUUUAGUGGGAAUUUUUCUCCUUAAUGGGAAGCUUGCAAAUUUCUGAGAGAGGCAUACUUCUAAGGUCUGUUACUCAGGGAUUUUGGUGCAAUGUGCAACAACACAGGUGACUGGUAGAAGAGCAAGACCUCUUUCUGACUAUGUCGAGGAGAAAGUUGGAGAAUAAAAGCCUUUCUGGCUUGUUAGCCACAUCUCUGCAGACACAAAUAAAGACAGAUAAUUUCUACAAUUUUUAUAUGCUUGAAUCAAAAGAGCUAGGAAGAGGAAGAUCUGCUGUAGUUAGAAAAUGUAUAGCUAAAUCCACAGGCCAAGCAUAUGCAGCUAAAUUUUUAAAGAAAAGAAGAAGAGGUCAAGACUGCAAAGCAGAGAUUUUUCAUGAAAUUGCCGUGCUUGAAUUAAUGAGAUCUAAUCCUCGCAUAGUUAAUCUCCAUGAAGUCUAUGAAACAGCAAAUGAAAUCAUCUUAGUGCUGGAAUAUGCUGCUGGAGGAGAAAUAUUUGACUUGUGUGUCCCAGAUCUGGAUGACAGAAUUGGUGAAAGGGAUAUUAUAAGACUCAUAAGACAAAUACUUGAAGGACUUCGCUGCUUGCAUGAAAACAAUAUUGUUCAUCUUGAUUUAAAGCCUCAAAAUAUUUUACUGAGCAGUGCCAAUCCUCUUGGUGAUGUAAAAAUUGUAGAUUUUGGUAUGUCUCGGAAGAUUGAGAAUUCUAGUGAACUGCGGCAGAUCAUGGGAACAACAGAGUAUCUAGCUCCAGAAAUCUUAAACUAUGAUCCUAUUACCACAGCUACAGAUAUGUGGAACAUAGGUGUAAUUUCGUACAUGCUGUUGACACAAGAAUCGCCAUUUGUGGGAGCUGAUAAUCAAGAAACUUACCUUAAUAUAUCUCAAGUUAACGUGGAUUACUCAGGAGAAACAUUUUCAUCAAUUUCACAGCCUGCCAAAGACUUCAUUCAAAAACUUCUCAUAAAAAAUCCAGAGGAAAGACCCACAGCAGAGGCCUGUCUUUCUCACUUGUGGUUGCAGCAGGAGGAGUUCAUACUCUUGUGUAGCCCUGAAGAAACUUGUUGCUCUUCUCUGAUGCCAGGACACACAACAAAAUGCUCAGAAGAGUGGAAUAUAAAACCCAGUUGUAAUGGUACCUGUAGCAACAAGGAAGACAAAGAAAACAUUCCAGAGGACAGCAGUACAGUCUCCAAACGCUUCCGUUUUGAUGAUUCAUUGCAGUAUCCCCAAGACUUCAUGACAGACUUCGUAUGUUAAUGUGUAAUAUAGACUUUUAUAAAAUGAAUUUAGCAUAAUCUAUUCCAGUGGUGAAUGUAAGAUUAUGGCUUGCCAAUUUGUGCAGCGUUGGCAUACUGGAAAUGCACUUUGAUUCUUUUGUGCUGGUGCUUCCUUUUCUAUCCAUUGCUGGCAAUGGAUUUAACUCCUGAGAAAUUGGGGUUGUUGCACCAGUAAAAUGAAUUAUUUUUUUAAGAAGAUAUAAUUAAAUAUUUUUGCACUUUUCAAGUUUUAGUCCAAAAAUUCUGCCAGAGUGAACAAACUAAAACCUGAAAAUGAGUUUAUUUAAACUCAAGCUUUGCCAAACAGUGGUUGAAUACAUAUACGCUUUUAUGACUAGCCCUAAUAGGAAAUUGGUCUAAGCAGGGAAACGGAAUCUAGCUGUCUUAUUAGGCUUAUUUGUGACCAUUCUUAUAGCUUUAAAUGAAAGCUAAAGUUGGUAUGUUUGGAGAAUAUGAUACACCUGUUGGGGCCACUUGAAAAACUGCUUUCUCUCUAGGAUCACUAGUAGCUAAGGAAAUGUUUCUGCCUUAUAGGUCUGGUCCACUUAGAGAUUAUAAUGCAUGCUCUAUGUGCUUUUCCUAUGUUGGAUCUCUGGAAUGCUUGAAUAGAAGACGGGUAGAUGGUCAGUCCUUCUGCUGGUGGUCCUUUGCUUCUUAUCAGUAAGUUAUAUUUGAAGAGGAUGAGGGUCCCAUGCUGAUGUGAAUAUUUGAUACACUUGUUAGUUUGCUUUCAUAAAACAUCUAAAAUAGUAUUGUCUACCUGUAUUGACUUAUUCCUCAUCUUAAAACAAACAAAAAAAACCACACCAAAAAAACCCAUACAACUCUCCCCCCACCCCCCCCAACCAGAAAGACUCCUCAGAAUUAUAGUAAUAACUGAAUAAACUGAAAAUAACCAUUUUUGCCAGUGAAGCUGCAAAUAAAAACUUUUCAUUAUGCCACUCUAAUGUAGAAGUGUAGUGUAUCUGUCUGUCAGUUGGUGUUACACGUAAUAACUCACUUCAUGCCCACUCUGAGAAAUGGACUGCAGUAUGUUCGUAUUAAAAGACAAACUACCUAAUAAUUUUUCUAAGCCUUUAAAUUUGGUUUGUUUAGUGGGUUUGUUAUUUUUUUAAGUUGUAUCCCUUCCUUCAUGUUUCUGGGCUCUGAGGAAAUAAUGCCUAUGUCAAGUUUUGACUUAGAGCAAAUACCAAUCAUGCCUUAACAGCCUGAAACUAAUACUGACAAGAUAAAAUCCUAAUCGUAACACUGAGGCUUGGAAA